AUGCAUCAACAGACGACCAGCCCUUACCGUGUUCUCCAGGGCUCACCUCACAAAUGUGAUGGUGCCCAACCACUUCACCCACCAGUGUUCUCACCCUCUGGUCCUUCCAACCUUUUCUCACAGCUCCAGCCAAUUAAAAAAAAAAAUGUUUUCCCAGUGUAUACAUCCCCCCCUGCCACACCCUCUAGAGAGAAUUCAGUUUCCUUCAGUCAAGUCAAAUGGAAAAAUUGUUGGAACAUAGAGACAACAGGGCGUGGGGGUGGGGGGCAGCAAAACAAACAAAAAUCCCAGAAGAGCUAG